AGUUCGCGCAAGUGUCGCAAUAGUAUCCAGCUGCAGAACCGGAGCGUGACAACAACCCCUGACGAGACAGGAAAAUAGUGUCUCUUCAGUUCAAACCUGAUUGAGUUGAACGCUUUUCAUACGAAGAUGGAUUGUGUGACCUCCUUUCCCAUGAGUGACCAUGCUUACUUGGCCACCAGGCAGUCAGGACCUCACAUCACCUGUCAACUCAGGGACCAGUUACCCAAACUUGAAAAAUGCAGCAGCUGCUGCAGUUUGUUCCACUGCCCAUUCUGCAGUACAAAUAUUUUCAAGCCCAGGGUAAAAAACAAAGUCCUAAAACAUCUUGAAGGACAUGUAAGAAGGGCUGUCCAGCACAAAGAUUAUACAAUCUUCAAGUGCAAUUUACACUGCCAAAAUAUUGCACAUUUCCACUGCCCGUCCUGCACAAAAAUAUUCAUUAGGAGAGAUAGACUCUUGUUCCAUCUUAAAGGAUGUGCUAAUGAUGUGGACGAGAAAGUUCCCACUGCAAACCCAGAUGCUAUUGAUGUCCAAAAAGAGCCAGACACCACUGCAGAAAACAUGCAGGAUGACAUUUUAUUUAAGGUUGCUGAAAGUGGGGAUGACCUGGAGAACGUGCAAGAUAAAGACAAGAAGGAGCAGCACUUACCUUUGCCUCUGAUUAGUACCAGUUUCUCUCUUCUGGAGUCCUGUCCAAACAACCAACAGGAGAUCAAACGUAAAAGGCAAGCGGCCACAGAGCCUGAGAUAAGUCCUGUAGAUGCCCACACCAGCAUCAGAGAUGAGGACGAACUGUUUCUGCUCAGCCUCCUGCCCUCGCUGAAGAGGCUGACCAUCAAAAGGAGAAUGGAGGUGCGGAUGAAAUUCCAGCAGGUGCUUUAUACUGCAGAGUUUGAGGACUAAAGAGCCUAAAAAGACAGUUUUGUUUAUAUUUAUUUUGUUGCACUAUUCCUAUUAAAAUAGAUCUAUAUGUUGGUCUAGUUGUCAAAGAAUACCAGAAUGGAUUUUCAGUCAUGGUCAUGGAGCAGGCCAUUUCAUGGUCAUUAAAUGUUGGGUAUUAUUUCAACGACUGCAUUGGUACAGUGACAUGUGAUGCAAGGAAAUACAAGAGCCCAAAGUUUGAGGGUAUAAUGAUAUUGUAGUAUUGGACUAUAGACGAUAGAAGACUGUGAUCACCCACAGUCUUACUAUAUUCAUACUUAUAUUCAUACAAUUAAUUAUUAUUAUCAUGUUUUUAAAUUACAGCAAAUGUGGAAAAAAAUGGUUUGUUUAACUUUUUAUCUACACAGUAGGGAAUUAGGUAUUCAUGCCAAAUGAUCCCGCUGCCUGCUAAUGAUGUCUGAUUUAUCCGAUGAUUUUUAUUAUUAUUUUUGUAGAUGACUAAAGUUUAAAUUUCUGAAAGGACAUUUCUACUGUACACAUUUUUCAAAUAAAUCCUCUCUUCCACAUGUAAA